AUGAGGCGCUUCUUCCGAAGAGACCGACGCAAAGACCGCGACAAAACCGAAGACCGGCCCCGUGAAGCCCCGCAAACGGAAAGCCCCACAAACCCGACCUCCGUGUCUCAACCGACUGCGUCGACGAACAAGCGACCCGGGGUUUCCCUCGCGGCAGUUGCAUCAAAUUCAGGCUCAUAUGCAGGUCAUCCGAUAGGCCUAAAAACCCUACACGAUCCGGCUGAGGGAGAGGCCGUGCUUGACAUCAUCUUCAUCCACGGGCUCAAAGGCCACCGCGAAAAGACUUGGACAGCCGAAAACGCCCCUGAGCCUUGGCCCAAGACUCUACUCAAGGAAGAGAUAUCGAAUGCUCGGGUUCUGGUAUAUGGCUACGACGCGAAUGUGGCCAGAGCCACCCAUAUUGUUUCAGCCAGUCGCAUCCGAGACCAUGCGGCGGAUUUAUUGUUGAGAAUCAGAAAUUUUCGACAUAGAACAGGCGGUGCUGCACGACCUAUCAUAUUUGUCUGUCAUAGUUUAGGUGGACUAGUCUGCCAAGCAGCUCUCUCCCGCGCCCAUAAACGAGAGGAGUUAGAAGAAGUCCUCGAAGCGACUCGGGGCAUACUCUUUCUCGGUACACCGCAUCACGGCUCAGACCUAGCUUCAUGGGCAGAACAACUUGCCAGGUGUGUCGGAAUUUUCAAACAAACAAACACCGCAAUCCUUAGUGUUCUGAGACCAGAGUCGGAAGUACUCGCUGAGAUCCAAGACGAUUUUCACAACAUUCUACAGUCAAAAACCACAGCGGGAUUCUGCACCAUCCAUAUUACCUGUUUUUUCGAAACCUUAUCACUGCCAGGAAUCGGAUUCGUCGUUCCCCAGCACUCAGCUACCAUGUCGGGCAAAACUGCUUUUGGGAUCGACGGAAACCACCAUACAAUGGCGAAGUUCAGUAGUCGCCAGGAUUCUGGGUUCAUUGAUAUCUGCGAUCAAAUCCGAAUCUGUAUAGAGAAUUUCGAUCGAAAAGCUCUUGUGGUUCCGAAGCAGCCAAUCGCGUGGCCUCGGGCAUCGCUAGAAUUGAUGGAUCCAGUACCAAGAAUGCCAACAGUUACGAAGGAGAAAACCAAAGCCAAAUUUCUUGUGCCAUAUGCGAAAAACAAGGACUUUGUUGGACGAACGGACAUCUUUGAACGUCUAAAAAGCCAGUUCUGUCACGGUUUCGGGGACGACGUUGAAAAUGCUAGAUUUCGCGUUUGUCUUCAUGGCCUUGGGGGAGUCGGAAAGACACAGGUCGCAAUUGCGUACACCUACUGGUUACGGAAAAGCCGUCCCAAUAUCUCGAUAUUCUGGAUACAUGCAAGUAAUGUAGAUCGAGUUCGGCAAGGCUUUUCCGAGAUUGCGGAAGUAUGCGAUAUUCCAAGGCGCAAUGACGACGACAUCAACGUGCUAGCGCUUGUGAAGCACUGGCUCGAGCGGCAGACAACAGACCGUUGGUUCUUGGUCAUCGACAAUGCCGACGAUACAAGCCUCUUCUUCGACGAAAAUUCCCCAACCGACUAUUUCGGAUCAUCUGGGACUCAUGUGGAGAAUACCGAAGGCAGCUUGGCCCGUUUCAUUCCCAACUACGGCAAUGGCUCGAUCCUCGUCACGACAAGGAACAAACAAGCUGGUACAAAACUAGUGCCUGGCUACCUUCCCAUUGAGGUUGGGCCAAUGAACAGGGAAGAGUCAUUCCAGAUGAUCCAGGAAAUGACUGGAGCCCCUGAUUUGUCAAUUGAGGCGGCAUUCGCUUUGUCGACACGCCUUGAACACUUGCCCCUCGCCAUCGCUCAAGCUGCAGCUUUUAUGCUGAAUAACUCCAUAAAUAUUGACCAAUAUCUCCAAAUUCUAAACAAAGAUAACGAAACUGAAGUUCAGUUACUGAGUAGAGAUUUCGAGGCAAUUGGCCGAGAUGCCACGGUCCCGCGGGCUGUGAUGGCCACGUGGGUGGUUUCAUUUGAGCAUAUCAAGGAGAAGAACUUGGUAGCUGCGGAGAUCAUCUCCCUGAUGGCUUUCUUUGAUCGCCAGUCAGUCCCAAGGAAGUUCAUCACAAUUUAUACUUCCUUGCAACAGAAGAAACAUCAAGUUGAACGUUACGAGAUCCCGCGCGGCGUCAAUUUGGUCACAGAAGAUCGUGACUCUGAUGAAGAGGAUGGCAAUCUCAAUGAGGGAAACUGCGACUUCAAGAACAGGUCCAUUGGCAAAGACAAUCACCAAAGUCGAGAAAUGUCGGAGCGAAAUGGAACAAACUCACUUCAUAUUGAGGAAGCCCUUGGGAUUCUUAAGGCCUUUUCGUUCAUCAAAGAAAGUAAGAACAAAACCUUGGAAGUGCACCGCCUCGUCCAAUUGGCAACCUCAGCAUGGCUCAGUCGAGAAAAAUUGGCGAGUCGAUUCAUUAGCAAAGCACUUGCAACCAUCGCCGAGUUCUUUUUAGGCUCAUCCAGAAGCCAAGCUAUGUUCUACCAAACUCUUCCUCAUUGCCAAGCUGUGCUGGCAGCGAAUGCCGAAAACACCGCCGUGAAUCAUCGCCUGACAUUCACGAUUAAAAUGGGCAUGUCAGAAGUGUACCGGUACCUUGGUCAAUUUGAGCUCUCACUCAACAUGAUGCGACGAGCUUUGGAUACAGAAGGACUCGACCCACACGACGAGUCCCGCAUUAAGACUGUUCAAUUCAGUGCGAUGACUCUGGAAUUUCUUGGCCGCAAAGAAGAAGCACUGCAGACUCUCGCUGAUUUGGUUGUGUCACAACCACGGGAUAGCGCGACAAUGCUUGUCACAGUCAAGCUCCUCACUCAACUAUAUCUAGACUUAGAGGAGUAUAGCAAGGCGAAAGAAUUACUGGUCAGCGCUAUUGAGAAGCUCGAGGAAAAGAAUUCUGCGUCCCUUGGAAACAAAGCAUGUUUUAGGGUUCUUUUGGCUGUGGCCUUGACGAAGUUGGGAUACACGCAAGAAGCAGAAAAAACGAUCAAUCAGGCGAUGAAGCUGGCGGAAGAGGCCUGCAGACCCACGAGUUCACCCUACGAAUCUCGACAAAUUAUGGAACUAGCAGAGAUACUUAUCUCUCACAACAAACUGCAAGAGGCAGAGCUAGUCUGUAACCAAGCUCUACUCGGAGCUUUCGACCGCGCCGUGACAACCCUUAUCGAAGCUCGAUUGAUGAGUAAGUUGGCAGAUGUCUUGAAAAGACAAGGUCGUAUUUCGAGAGCAGUUGAGGUUCAACACCGAACUGUUCUUUGUAUCAGGGCAUUCAAGGAGCUUGGCGAUAUGGAAGCCGAACAGACCAGUCAGUUGGCGCUGCUGCAACAAGAGACAGGGGAUCUUGAAUCAGCGGAAUCGAGCAUGGCGCGUGCACUUCAAUUGUAUCGAGACAUCUACGGCGACAUCGGGGAUAACGUACUUGAUUGUUUGUGUCACCUCGGAAUCAUCAAAUUCCAGCGGCAAAAGUCUGGAGAAGGACUUAGCAUCAUUGAGGAGGCCCAUCAGCGCAGCCUUCGAGAAUUUGGCCCUACAGCUCUGAUAACGAAACAAUGUGCUGAGGCUGCAGAAUCCUGCUCGAAUUACGGAAUGAUUCGGACCCUCCAACGGAGCAAAUGGCCCCCAAGAGGAAAAGUCGCCAGAUCACCACCAAGGAUCACGUCGAUGAAUCGCUGA